AUGGACGAAAACAACGAAAACUCAAGAAAUAUAGUCAUAGAAAUAGAUCUGGAAAAUCCUUCUCCAACUCUACAACCGGCUUCAAUAAACACUUAUCAAACUCAUUCAUCCUCUACAAAUAAUCUUUUUAAUUACGAAGAUCUCCUCACCGAUGUACCUCUCCAAACUACCACUGAUCCAGCAGAUAGAAUGCAUGAAAGCCAUAAGCCACC